CCUCUCCGGGAAACACACAGUCUUCAGAGACACACUCAUGAGUGUCUAGGAGACACUCCCAGGCUCUCUGUCUGUUUACAGCUACCAGACCUACACUUCCAGCUGCCAGAUGAAUCAGACCAUGCACACCUCACACAGCUCUCAUCCCAGAUGUGACCCUCUGCCUGAGGUCACAGUGGGUCAGGGUCACCUAGGAUCGUCCUCAGAACACACACAGGACCGAACAUCCCUCAAACAUGUGACCUACAGCAAGAACUCCUCUCAGAUCUGUCCAUCCGCGGGCCACAGAGACUGGCUCUGCCCUGUAUGUCUACAAACUGCCAGCUUCCCCGUAAAGACCAACUGUGGCCAUCUCUUCUGUGCUCCCUGUCUGAUCUCCUACUGGAGACAUGGGUCCUGGCUGGACGCCAUAAGCUGCCCUCUGUGUAGACAAAAGGUCAAGGUCCUGUGUCGUCUGUUCAGUAAGGGUUGGUCAGACAGCAAAGAGAGGGAGGUUCUGGGAGAAAUCACAGACUACAACAAACGCUACUCAGGAGCCCCUCGAAAGGUGACAGACUACCUGUGUGACACACCCCUGUUCCUGCAGCUGCUAAUCCGCCGCCUGGGCACCAUGGGGGGGCUAGUGUGCCUCUUCUUCCUCCGGGUGGCACUUUGCUGCCUAGGGACUGUGGUGUCCCUCGCCUCACCCCCCCUGGACACUCCACCCUCCCUGUCUGACCUCCUGGGGGUCCUGGAUGACCUGGUGGUGGUCUUCCUGCUGCUCAUCUGUGUUAUCAAUAUCAACCAGCAGAUGGCACCAGAUAGUGGGAACUCCUCAGCUCACACAGGGGGUAGGCCUGUUCAGUAACUCUCUGUAGAGCGAGCAGCAGAAAUGAUGGCCAGCAGUGAUUUAGCUUUCAUUUCAACAGGAGAACACCUAUAGUCUAGUUAGCCACCUCUUUUUUGAGAGACCUAGCAAGAAGUCAGCAGUGUAUGUCUGCUGGUUUGCAUCCUGGGGUUAUUAGCAGGUGUAUUCAGUAGGAACCAAACAGUGAGGGAUCGAACUGAAUUUGUCAAAGAAAGUAAUUUUGGUUGUAAAACAUUUUGGACUAAUGAUUACACCCCAGGUGUUGGACUUACUGUACCACAAGCAGAGGUUUGAGGUGUACAGUCUAAUAGUAAGUCUAACCAGGGUCUCAGUUUUUGCAUGGCUGAAUGCAUAGUGUCACACCUAGCCUUCUUUCCUCCAUGACCACUGAUCUGAUGAAAGCAACAUGGUGGAACCUACACAAAUAGUCUCUCCUCCUCCAGCGGGUAUGUUUAAUGGAAUGUGUUGAAUGUUUUUUAUGCAGCAUUUUGGAGGUUCAUUGUCUGAUAUUUUCAGAUUUUUGUGUGUCGUGUUUCUUUCUACAGUACCCGUUGCUAGUGUUUCAACAUAUAGGGAACUUUCAAUAAAUUCCCUGGUUUUCCCAGAAUCUCAGUUGGGGGGGGUUCCUGGAAUCAGGAGGGAAUAAGCAGGAAAUCCAGAAUCCUCCAAACAGAAUUUGCAGAAAAAAAACAGGGAAUUUAUUUAAAGUUCCUGGAAAUGUCCAACCCCCUAGCCUUUAUUUUGGUGUCCGUGUUAGUUAUGAAUGCCCUUCAGUGGUUCAAUAAAACCUGGGUCUGUUCAGGGGGGGUGCAGAUUAAUUGUAGACCUAUUAUAUUGUACCCUGCUGUUUCUCAGUGAAACUGUAAAUACUUGAUGUGAAUACUUGUAAAAUGCUAUAAAUGGUGUAUUUAUUGUU